GCAAGCCUAACACAAGCAGCGAGUACUGCGCAACGCUUCACUACCUAUUGACGUACAGCAUAUGAAUGCGCGCGAUAGAGCGAACGGUGACAAACAGCUCUGUUUCCUUAAGCGUGACUUGGCCAGAGUACUUUGGUUGUGCACCGCCAUCGUGCACCGCCAUCGGACUUGCAGAACAGUUCGCUGCCUAGAGUAUGGUAAUUCGACAUCGCUCCCAUGUACACGAUAUGUACGUACUCCACGACAUAACGCACGCUCUUUCCCUGCUCAACAAGUCUAUUGUUGCACGUACACAAUGGGUCUGAUUCCAGCCGGGUGCUAGGCAUACUGUAUAUAAAAAGGCCUGGCCACGGGGGCAUUCGCUCUUUUACAUAACUGACCAACACCGACAUGACUAUGUGUUGAGCAUUGAAGAUGGAAGUGGAACCAAAUCUGAACAUUGACAAAGAUGAGACACACGGAAAGUGUCGCUACUGGCUUGCCAUAUUGCUUUCAGUUGGCAUGUGUCUUGGCAGCUGUUUCCGGUCGAGUCUCGGGAUAACUAUAGUGUGUAUGAUUCGUCAAUCCAGCGGGAACUUGACAGAUCUUGGGGGAAGGUUAUCAUUGAAAACCUUAUCUAACUUGACCACAGCUUAUAGUCAUUCAAACAGCACCAAUGGAUAUGAAACAUCAGACAGUUAUUGCCCUACUGGCAAGAUUCUCAGCUGGAUUACCAGUGAUGCUGAUGAGUUCGAGAUGGGAGAAUUUGAAUGGAGUAAAGAAACACAAGGUAUUGUUCUUGGAUCAUUGUUCUGGGGAUACCUGUGUCUUCAAAUUCCAUGUGGGUUGCUAGCCGAACGAUUUGGUCCCAGAAAAGUCAUUGGAAUUGGGUUAAUCUUGUGUUCUGCAUCAACACUGCUUUCACCUGUAGCUGCCCGCACGAACGUGUACAUUCUGGUGGCUCUUCGGAUCCUAACUGGAGCAUUUGUGUCAGUAUUGUUCACAUCGCUUCCUGCUUUCUGGGUCCAGUGGGCACCCAAAUCAGAAAUCUCGUCUUUACAAAGUAUAGCCUUUACAGGCAGUGAAGUUGGAAAUGCUUUAGUCUUCCCACUUGCCGGCUUCCUGUGCAGAUCCGGCUUUGAUGGUGGUUGGGCGUCCGUGUUUUAUGUCACAGGUGGUCUCGGGGUUACAUGGUCUUUAUUAUGGAUAUUACUGUCACGUGAUAAACCAGGUGAUCAACCAUGGAUAUCAAUGGAUGAAAGAACCUACAUAGAACGACAUACAAAAACACGGACACACAAAGAGAAGAGGAUACCAUGGGGCGAUAUGCUGAAAUCAAGAGCGUCGUGGACGUUAAUCUGCACCCACACAUUGUACAACUAUGCCUACUACAUGCUACAGCUUCAACUUCCAACUUACCUCAAUGAGGUCAUGCAUUUCGACAUUCAAUCGAACGGUGUACUUGUCAUGAUGCCCUACCUGUGUACUGGUGUCGUCGUGUUCUUGUCUGGCUGGCUGGCAGAUACCCUUAUAAAGAAGAACUAUUUGUCACGUGACAACACAAGGAAGCUCAUGAACUCUAUAGUUCAUUCCACUGAUCGAGGAAUAAGACUGUCUCCGAAACGUCGUGUUCCUCAAAUAAAGAAGUUGCCAUCCACAAAUUCUCUCCUUCAUACCGACAAUUUCAUCUGUAGCUGUCGCCGUACCUGCAGUUUUGAUGAUCUCCUUGGCGCAGCUCGACUGUAGGAGUCAAGUACCCGCAGUCGUACUGCUGUGUCUAGCAGGGGCAGUGAAUGCAUUUGCUUGGUCUGGAGGGUUUAUGGUUUCCUAUAUAGAGAUAGCCCUUGCCCAUUCGGCGACUCUCUUC